GUGUGAGGGAGCCGCGGAGCGCGGCGCCGGGAUUGGGACCGCGGACCGGCCCGCGAUGGAGUGAGCCUACUGCAGCCUGUCUGCCUGCCGCCCGCUCGGAGAGGCGCGGGGCCUGAGAGCGGGGAGCGAGGCGCGGGCCGGCGGCAGGAGGAGCCCCCCGGGGAGGAGGGGCCGGCGCUGGGAGCGCGGCUGCGGGGCGCGGGGCGCGGAGCGAUGGCGGCGGGGCGAGCGCGGCGGCUGCUCGGCUCCCUCUGGCUGGCGCUGCUCCUCGGGCAGCCGCAGCCCUCGGCCGCCGCCGCGCGGAGCGGCCCCCGGAACCCCCUGACAGGGUCUGUUGUGAGAACCUUCACUCCUUUUUACUUCCUGGUGGAGCCGAUGGACAUUCUGUCAGUUCGUGGGGCCUCUGUUAUAAUGAACUGUUCAGCUUAUUGUGAAACUCCUCCGAAGAUCGAAUGGAAGAAAGACGGGACUCUUCUAAACUUGGUCUCAGAUGACCGUCGCCAGUUGCUGCCAGAUGGGUCUUUAUUAAUAAACAGUGUGGUGCAUUCCAAGCAUAAUAAACCCGAUGAAGGAUAUUAUCAGUGUGUGGCAACUGUGGAAAGCCUGGGGACCAUUGUAAGCAGAACAGCAAAGCUCACGGUAGCAGGCCUUCCCAGGUUCACCAGCCAGCCGGAGCUGUCGUCUGUCUAUAAAGGAAACAGUGCAAUCCUGAACUGCGAGGUGAACGUUGACCUCGCGCCCUUUGUGAGGUGGGAGCAGGAGCGGCAGCCCCUGGUCCUGGAUGAGCGCGUCUUCAAGCUGCCGAGCGGGGCGCUGCUUGUUGGUAACGCGACUGAGGCAGAUGGAGGAUUCUACCGCUGCGCCAUUGAAAGUGGAGGCACCCCCAAAUACAGCGAGGAGGCAGAGCUCAAAAUUCUUCCUGAUCCAGAAGAGCCCCAGAGCUUGGUCUUCGUGAGGCAGCCGUCUUCACUUACUAAAGUUACUGGGCAAAACGUGGUGUUUCCAUGUGUUGCUGGAGGAUUUCCAACUCCGUAUGUCAGAUGGACAAAAAAUGGAGAAGAGCUAAUCACAGAAGACUCCGAGAGGUUUGCGCUGCGUGCGGGGGGCAGCCUGCUCAUCACUGAUGUUACAGAGGAGGAUGUUGGGACCUACACCUGCAUAGCAGAGAACGAGAACGAGACGAUUGAAGCUCAGACAGAGCUUGCAGUACAAGUUCCUCCUGAGUUUCUGAAGCGACCUGCAAACAUUUACGCUCAUGAAUCUAUGGACAUUGUCUUUGAGUGCGAAGUGACUGGAAAACCUACUCCAACGGUGAAGUGGGUCAAGAACGGAGACGUGGUGAUUCCAAGCGACUACUUCAAAAUCGUUAAAGAACAUAAUCUACAAGUUUUGGGUCUGGUGAAAUCAGAUGAAGGAUUCUAUCAGUGCAUUGCCGAAAAUGAUGUUGGAAAUGCACAGGCUGGAGCCCAGCUGAUAAUACUUGACCUCGAUGUUGCCAUCCCAACAUUACCUCCCACUUCACUGACCAGUGCCACUAAUGACCAUCUAGCACCAGCUACAACGGGACCACUGCCUACAGCCCCUCGGGACGUCGUGGCCACCCUCGUCUCCACUCGCUUCAUCAGGCUGACGUGGCGGACACCGGUGUCAGACCCGCAGGGAGACAACCUCACCUAUUCAAUCUUCUACACCAAGGAAGGUAUCAACAGGGAACGUGUUGAAAACACCAGUCGUCCUGGAGAGACACAAGUGAUGAUCCAAAACCUGAUGCCAGAAACGGUUUAUGUCUUCAGAGUUGUGGCUCAGAACAAGCACGGCCAUGGAGAGAGCUCAGCACCACUGAAGGUGGCCACGCAGCCCGAGGUUCAGCUGCCUGGUCCAGCACCCAAUAUCCGAGCAUACGCCGGCUCCCCCACCUCUGUCACUGUCACAUGGGAAACGCCGCUGUCUGGCAAUGGGGAAAUCCAGAACUACAAGCUCUACUACAUGGAGAAGGGGCAGGACAGUGAGCAGGAUGUUGAUGUAGCAGGACUCUCCUACACCAUUACUGGAUUAAAGAAGUACACCGAGUAUAGUUUCCGAGUGGUGGCUUACAAUAAACACGGCCCUGGCGUCUCUACCCAAGAUGUUGUUGUGCGAACGCUGUCAGAUGUUCCCAGUGCUGCACCACAGAAUCUAACGCUGGAGGUGCGAAAUUCCAAGAGCAUCAUGCUGCACUGGCAGCCUCCUCCUGCGGGGACACACAGCGGCCAAAUCACCGGCUACAAAAUCCGCUACCGCAAAGUGUCCCGUAAGAGUGAUGUGAGUGAGAGCGUCGGGGGGACGCAGCUUUUCCAGCUAAUUGAAGGUCUUGAACGAGGCACGGAGUACAACUUCAGGAUAGCUGCCAUGACUGUGAAUGGCACUGGGCCAGCUACUGACUGGGUGUCAGCAGAAACAUUUGAGAGCGAUCUAGAUGAAAGCCGUGUUCCUGAAGUUCCGAGCUCCUUACACGUCCGUCCUCUGGUCACCAGUAUUGUGGUAAGCUGGACUCCACCUGAGAACCAGAACAUUGUGGUGAGAGGUUAUGCCAUAGGGUAUGGCAUCGGCAGUCCUCAUGCACAGACCAUCAAGGUGGACUACAAGCAGAGAUACUACACCAUUGAAAACUUAGACCCGAGCUCACACUACGUCAUAACGCUGAAAGCAUUCAACAAUGUUGGGGAAGGAAUUCCUCUCUACGAGAGCGCAGUGACCAGGCCUCAUUCAGACACUUCCGAAGUUGAUUUGUUUGUUAUUAAUGCUCCAUACACUCCAGUGCCAGAUCCAUCUCCCAUGAUGCCACCGGUGGGAGUUCAGGCUUCCAUUCUGAGCCAUGACACCAUACGGAUCACUUGGGCAGACAACUCUCUGCCAAAGAACCAGAAGAUCACGGAUGCUCGCUACUACACAGUUCGCUGGAAAACCAAUAUUCCUGCAAAUACAAAGUACAAGACGGCCAACGCGACCACUCUGAGCUAUUUAGUGACUGGCUUAAAACCAAACACCUUGUAUGAAUUCUCCGUGAUGGUGACUAAGGGGCGAAGGUCGAGCACGUGGAGUAUGACAGCCCAUGGGACAACUUUUGAACUAGUUCCUACUUCACCUCCCAAGGAUGUGACUGUGGUGAGCAAAGAGGGAAAGCCUCGGACCAUCAUAGUGAACUGGCAGCCUCCGUCCGAAGCCAACGGCAAAAUUACAGGGUACAUCAUUUACUACAGUACGGACGUGAAUGCUGAGAUACAUGACUGGGUGAUUGAGCCCGUUGUGGGGAACAGGCUGACCCACCAGAUACAGGAGCUGACCCUCGACACGCCGUAUUACUUCAAAAUUCAGGCCCGCAACUCGAAGGGCAUGGGGCCCAUGUCUGAGGCCGUCCAGUUCAGGACCCCUAAAGCUGAAUCCUCAGAUAAAAUGCCUAAUGAUCAAGCUUCGGGAUCUGCAGGGAAAGGAAGCCGCCCGGUGGACGUGGGGCCGGACUACAAACCCCCGCUCAGCGGCAGUAACAGUCCCCAUGGAAGUCCGACCUCUCCCUUGGAUAGCAACAUGCUUCUUGUCAUCAUAGUGUCUGUUGGGGUCAUCACCAUUGUGAUAGUGGUCAUCGUCGCCGUUUUCUGCACUCGUCGUACCACUUCUCACCAAAAAAAGAAACGAGCUGCCUGCAAAUCAGUGAACGGGUCCCACAAGUACAAAGGGAAUUCCAAAGAUGUCAAGCCUCCUGACCUUUGGAUCCAUCAUGAAAGACUGGAGCUAAAACCCAUUGAUAAAUCUCCAGAUCCCAAUCCGAUCAUGACAGACACCCCAAUCCCUCGCAACUCCCAGGACAUCACCCCAGUUGAUAAUUCCAUGGACAGCAAUAUUCACCAAAGGCGGAACUCCUACAGAGGGCAUGAGUCGGAGGACAGCAUGUCCACGCUGGCAGGAAGAAGGGGGAUGAGGCCCAAGAUGAUGAUGCCUUUUGAUUCUCAGCCGCCUCAGCCUGUGAUUAGUGCCCAUCCCAUCCAUUCACUCGAUAACCCUCACCAUCAUUUCCACUCCGGCAGCCUCGCUUCUCCAACUCGCAGCUAUCUCCAUCACCAGGUCAGCCCGUGGCCGAUGGGCACAUCCAUGUCCCAUUCAGACAGGGCCAAUUCCACAGAAUCCGUUCGGAACACACCGAGCUCUGACACCAUGCCGGCCUCCUCGUCCCAGCCUUGUGCAGACCACCAGGACCCCGACAGCAGCUCGGGUGCUUACCUGGGCAGUGCACAGGAGGAGGAUGCGGCCCAGAGCCUGCCCACAGCUCACGUCCGUCCAUCCCACCCGCUGAAGAGCUUUGCAGUGCCAGCAGUGCCAGCAGCCGGCUCUGCCUACGACCCUGCGCUGCCCAGCACCCCGCUGCUGACCCAGCAAGCUCCCUCCCAUCCAGUUCACUCGGUGAAGACUGCAUCGAUUGGGACUUUAGGAAGAACACGGCCUCCCAUGCCUGUGGUGGUUCCCAGUGCCCCUGACGUGCAGGAGACCACCAGGAUGCUCGAGGACUCGGAAAGCAGCUACGAACCAGAUGAGCUGACCAAAGAGAUGGCCCACCUGGAAGGACUCAUGAAGGACCUUAAUGCCAUCACUACAGCAUGACCACCUUCACCAGGACAUGACUCCAGAUUGUUUCACACGUCUUGGGACUCAGCCUUGGAACACAAGGAAUUGUACAGUAAAAAAAAAAAUAAAUACAGAAGAGGGACAGCACAUCGAGAGCAUCCCCAGGAGGCAGAGGAACCAAUUGGUGCAUCUGUGCUACAGCUGGUCACAGAGGAACGACCUUCCCAGCCAUCAUCCUGUAACAAAGUCACACCAAGCUGAGUUCCAUUUACCUGCUGAGUCCAUGCAGGAUGGGACUGAAAUCUAGCAUCCAGACAAAAGGAAAGAGAGUGGACUUCAUAGGUUUUAUUUUUUCCUGGUCAGGUUUUGUCUCAGUGGUGUGAUUGCCCUGCCUUUUCAGUGUUGGACAUUCGCAUUUAUGUACAAUUUUGUGUUUUUAUUUUAUCUUUUUUUUUUAUAUAUAUAAAAAGGAAAAAAAUAAUGUAAUCAAGGAAAAAGAAAAAAAAAAAAAGGAGAAACUAUUGUUUUUCACAGCCUAGACUGACAUUUGACUGCUUGUUCUAUUGUGUAUGAAAAUUCAUUGCCAGUGUGGGUUGUUCUAUUUUGUUUUUUUAUUCUGCAUAUAAUUACGUCCCCUUCUGGCAGUUAAUCCAUGGCCUUUUGGGAUGCUGCACUGUUAUUUGUAAGCUUUUUUUUUUAUUAUUAUUUUUAUAUUAUAAUUAUUAAAAGCCUGACUUUCUCCUCUCAUCACUGUGAGAUUACCAGUCUGUUUGAAUUGAAAUGUAAUUUGAAAGGCUUGUUUGUUGCUUUUUUGUGCAGUUUCAAUAUUUUGAGUGGGGAAAAGUAGAUGGGGAGGGAAUCCAGGGGGAGGUUUCAUUAUUGUUGUUUUGCUGUCUUUCUACAUUGACUUGAAAGACUGAAGAAAAUGAAAGCAUCUUCUGUACCGUCCUUCCUUGUAACUCCAGCAUACUGUGUCUCUGGUUACUGAAUUGCAGUGAGUCUCAUUUAGAAACAUUAAAAAAAUUUCCUCCUGUGAAGUAGGUUACCUUACAUUUAGAUGCCACUACUGCUUGUUUUGGCAACAGUGCUGUUUUGGUGUUGUUAGGUUGAAGGCAGCUCUGUGGGUGCUAGGAGCUGCCUGGGCCUCUCCUAAAUCAAAGGGUAUUUUCCCAUCUUACCUUACACUGUGUCCACAGGACCCUUCAGCAGCAAGUCCAACCCCAGUGCAGUUUCUCCAACCCAGGCCCUUUAAACAAGAAGCCUUCUCUUAAGGAUUCUUGAGUGAUGUAAGCAAGGAAAAUUGUUUUUUUUUCCUAUUCUUUUUGAACCAAGUGAAAAGGAAAACAGUAUUAGUGACUCAGGUGCUGUUCAUGUAUCUGUCGAGAAAGGAAGGAAAAUCAAAAGGGAAAUCCAUUGUGAGGGGAAGCAAAAUCUUCAUCUAUCUGUUUUCUCCUUAUGCAGAUGAUUGCUUGGCUCUGCCACAGUCUAAGGAAGAAUGGCAUAAAAGGAGGGACUGUAUCUUACUAAGAAAAAAAACAAGAAAAGAAACAAAACUCAUCUGCCCAGGAGAUUCCUCUGCAUUUUCCCUGUUAAGAUGAAAGGAAACCCAAAACUUACUGACAGGGAGAAGCCAUUUGAUUUCUCCUGGAAGCUCAGCAUCACCAAUAGAGGGAGUGCAGGUACCAGAGGCACUUGUAGAGCCCACUGCUGCCCUGCUGCAGCAGAACGAGCUGUUUGAGAUUUAACAGGACAAACAAAACCUCCAUUGCUUCCCAUCCCUUGUAUGCUUCUAACUAAAGCUCUGGGCCUGCAUUCUUGGUGCCCACUGCUGGGGAGAGGAGAGCCAUCGAAUGGUCCCAAGUGCAGCAGGCCUUGGGCUGUGGUUUUACUUCCUUUCUUUGCCUGAACUCUUUGUAUUGUCAUUUUUAGCACAGUUGCUGGGUUUAUUUAUUAUUUGAGGGGAGGGAGGAAAUCAAUGAAUUGGAGCACUGUGGGCCACCUGGAAAACUGAUGUUUGGACUUUUAAUCAAAACAAUUCAGGGCAAAAUAAGCUACAGAAUAUGUAUUUCAAUCCUACAACAGCAUACUUUGUCCUGAACGUUUUCCUGGAUGGAUGUUUUCCUUUGCCUAUUUUUUACCUAUACCCAAAGAAAUACCAUCUUACACAUACAGUAUUCUUAGCUGGUGGGUCUUUGUGAAUAUUACUUAUGUAUAACACCAUGAAUGUUAAUAUUGUCAUUGAAUUCGGGGAGGGGGAAUAUUUUUAAUGAUAAAACAACUGUUCAAAGUUGGUUUUUUAAGGUUAAACUAAAAGAAAACAUUUAUUCAAUUCAGUGUACAA